GACCCACAUUUACAGUUUUAUCGCGAAUGCCGUCCGGAGUGGACGAUUUUUCUCACGGAUUUUGGGCUCUUUGAAAGUCUCUUUCUAAAUAGGUUGCGUGCGUAUACCUUUAAAAAGGGACACAGUGAAGGGACAGUUUUCGGGAUAAGCGGGACCCUCCGAUCCGAGCAACGUGUGUAGAGGGUGUUGUGAUUGGGGACAGCUCAGCGUUAGAAGAUUGAUUGUGUGAACUCCUUUCCUUGUGCUCUGGCAACGAUUUCUUCGUCGGUUGUCGUGAUUGUCUUCGUCGGUUUCAAUUAAAAGGAUAUUCCGAAUUCCUCGCGGGUUAGUUAGUUCUUCGUGUGUUCUGCUGGGUUGGUUUUUCUGUUUUGUCCUCUGCAAAGCGAAACAGCGACUUGAAGUGUGUGCUAACAACAGACACUCGUCGCACAAAAGAGUUGCACGGUUGCGUUCCUUCGGGAUUUAUUGGUGUCGAAUAGCUGCGGUAUCAUUGGUGAAUGACAAAGUGUUUUCUAGGAGUGUUUUUUUUAGAGGUUUAUUGUGCAAAGUUGCCAUCGACCAGCACCAGCAACCCACCCCGCCAACUUGGUUUAGGGAAAGAGGAAGAAAUUUUCCCAAGAAAAUUUGAAGCAAUCCAACCAAUAACAACAACAACAAAAAAGAAGAAAGAAGAAUACAACAGCAAAUUUUCAGCAAAGUUGUCGGCAUUGGUCGGGAAAUUUAUAGCCGUCCUGUGGCUUUCGGCGGCGUGAAAAGCAGCAGCGCGUGUUUGGUUUCCGUUGCCGGUUUCUGGGUGUUUUGCUGUGCAGCAGCAUUGUUGUGAAGAAGCAGAAGAAAAUUGAACUAACCGAAAUCAAUUCUCGUUAAUGUUGUGGAAAAUCGGAGGCCAUUGUGAAGGUGGUGUGAUAUUGGUUGAUCCUUUAGGAAGUGGUUAAAGUCUGAAAUUUUGAAAUUAAGUGAAAUAAGGAAUGGUUUGCAGAUGAUUCAAUAAUCGUGAGCUGAAAACUGAAAAUAAUAAAGGAAGACGUGCGUACUUGAGAGUGAACAAAUGACGAGGACGAUGCCGGCGACAGCUCCAGCAUAACUGAAUAGGUUGCCUUCGACGACAUCCCCCCUUUCCCAAAGGCGGGCGUUUAGCCGGAAAAUUCAUCCCCCCUUACUACAACUAAUGCUUCUAGUGGGGGAAGUGAGAAAGAAAAUAGCAUAGCAGCAGCAAAAGGAGUGAAAAAAAAACCAUCCUUGAGGCUCCUUCGGGAGACGACCGAGGAACAUGUAUACCUCUUGAUGGAGUUUCCGAGGAAAAAAUCUCAUCAGUGACAUUGAGUGAAGUGAAUAUUAUGACAGUGACAAGUGGCUACAAAGGCAUCACCAGAAGCAGCAGAUGCCGAAGAAGAAUAGCACCCAGAGAGGAGCUGGGGUAAAAACAUAAGGGGGAAGUCAAUGAAAAAAAAGGGUAUUGCCACAAGCUCUACUGGUAGCUGAAGCCAACCAUCCUGUUGGUCCUGUCGUUGAGGAGUAGCAAAAUAGAGCGCCUCUCCCUCUGGUCAGGAUCACCGGUCGGUCCCUUGCGACCUCCUCGACCCCGUUUUGUUAUCGUUGGAGAAACCCCGUGAUCCGAAUCAGUGGUCUUGAGGAGCCUCCCAACCCCUUUCUGCUUCUCAUUGAAGAAAAAUCCUCCAAAGAGGACGACGCCGGGCAAAUUGUGUCACGUGCACCCCGAACCGAACCGGCUGAACCCAGAAUCGGCCAAAACAAAAAAUGGAAUUGAAAGUAUGGGUCGAAGGGAUUCAGCGUAUUGUUUGCGGAGUGACGGAAGUCACCACUUGUCAGGACGUGGUUUUCGCCUUGGCCCAUGCCACCGGAAAGACGGGCCGAUUCACGCUCAUCGAACGGUGGCGCAACAACGAACGGCUGCUGGCACCGCACGAGAAUCCGCUGAAGAUCCUGAUGAAAUGGGGCGAGUACUCGAGCGAUGUGCAGUUUAUCCUGCAACGGUCCGAACAGAAAAAGGACCAAGCCAAUAGUAACAACAGCAACAACAACAAUAACACCAGCAAUAGUAGUAGUAACGGAAGUAGCAACAACAACAACAACACUUCUCAGCAACAGCAGCUGAGACAAGUGUCCGCUAAUCUAGGGCCAGUGGUGACGCAACAGCCAACCGCACCCGGAAGCAAUCCUCAGCAUCCUCAAUCGCAACAGCAAAUCCUUCGGCAGCAACAGAAGCUAAACCAGAUCAAUAACAACAACAACAACAACAGCAACAACUUGGAUGACACCAAGAGCAAGCUGCUGGUGCAGAACAAUCUGAAAAACAGCACCGGAAAUGACCCUUUUGGCGGCAAACAACAAGGACAGCAGCACCAUCUGGUGGCCGGGUAUCAGCAUCAUCAUCAUUCGGCACAAGCAGAGCUGAUCAGCAAUUCGCUGCUACUAGACCGGGGGAAGGAAACGCGGAAGAGCCUUAACUCCGGGUCCCCGCCAAGUUUGAAAAGUACCGGCAACGCCAUAAACAACAACCAAAACAACAACAACAACAACAACAGCACCGGUAAAUCAUCGAACAGCACCCCCUCAGGUAUACUGACAACAACCGCAGCCACGAAAACAACACCGCCAACAGUCAAGGUCGAACAGGUGGGGGUGGUGAAAGGCGUUCCUCAACAGCAGCAGCAAAAAUCGCCGAAUACUAGCACUAGUUCUAGCUCCAGUAGUUCCAAUAGUAGUUCUAGCAGUAGUUGUACCAGUAACGGUAAUUAUCAACAGCAGCCAGUUGAGGCGACCUACGCCAGUGUGGUCAAAAAGCCCAAAAGUGAACGGCUGCAGCAACAGCAGCAAAUUGGCGGAAAUGCAAUUGUGGGUGAGUUCAAUGCGGCGGAUCUGAGGAAUUCCCUGGACCGGAAGCUGAACGGAUUGCUGUACAGCAAUGGCAUCAAUAUGGUUGCCCACCACCAGCCUCAAGGGACGACGACGACGACGACGACGGCCAUCGUUGGAGCAACCCUGAAAGAUAGUUCACGAUUCCACGGAGGAGGACCCAGCAGUGCCAAUCAUCUGAGCAGUAACGACAGUCUGCUACAGCUGGAUUCGAGCAGCAUAAGUAGCGUCAGUAGCAGCAGCAAUCACAAUCAGCUAAUUGGAAGCCCGGUGAGCGGCACCAACAACUCACCCAUCACCGGUAUCUCGUCGAAUGGGGCCCUGGUUCCGCCACCCUAUCGUGACCCUCCGCCCCCACGAAACUCACCCCUUUCACAUAAACUAGACAUCCUCAACGGCAACAACAGUAAUCCGAACGCCAGCAUCAGCAGCAACGGCAGUGGAAGUAGCCAGACGACCCUCAACAACAAUCUCAACAUCAACAAUAUCAACCGGAAACUGGAGAAGGAUAGCAUCAACAUGAACCUGGCCCUAAGUGCGGCUGCAGCUGCAGCUGCUGCAUCAAACGCUGGAACCCCAUCAUCCUCGACGACAACAGCCACCAAUGUCAACGAGCUGCUGAUGCUCAAUGAGCUGAAUCUGAACGAAUCCGGAACGAAUGGGUCGUCGGGUGGCCCAACUGGGUCCUCCUCAACGGCAGCGACGGCAUCAACCGGCCAGUACCGGGAUCUUAUACAGCUCAUCAAGUAUCAACGCGAGAAAAUCAAUACCCAGCAGGCGGAUCUGUCCAAGAGCUUACGAAGAGGACUUAAGUUCGACACCGAAAUCCAGUAUCUGGAGAGCAAGGGUCGCAAGCACCAGGAGCAGCUCGAUGCGCUUUCGCAGGAGAUCGGCAAAACGGAUCAGCUCUUCCGGCAGGGCAGCGAACAGCUCCAAACACUGCAGUACGUCGAAGAGGAAAGCGAACUGGUCCGGCAGCAGGAGAAAACCCUCAAAUCCGAAAUCACCCUGCUCCGGUCCAAGCUGGCCAACUGCGAAACCGAGCUGCUCCAGUGCAAGAACAAGAUCCGGCUGCUGAUGGACGAGAUCCAGGUGGAGCAGCGCAAGUAUUGCCGACAGUAUGACUCUAAUCGUGUUCAGUUAGAACGCCAUCUAAUGUCUGAAGUUGACAGGAUACAACUGGAGAUCGAUCUGGCCAUCCAGAGCACCGACCAAGCGGGCAAGACGACCGACAAGCUGAAGAGCGAAGUGGCCGUCAUCGAGAGCAACAUUGCCGAGAAGAAGAAGCAGGUCGAGCAGCUGGUCCAGGAGAUGAAGGAGGUCAACCUGCAGAGUUUGGCCGUAGCGCCGGCCGAUGAAGUGCGGCAUCUGCUGGAAGUGGGUUCGGUGAAACCAGGCAGCACCCGAAGGAUGAUCGGUUCCCCCCGGCAGCUGGAAAAUGCAGUUCCAACGAGCAAAAAUCCCCACGGAGUGUGGGUCUAGAAAGGAGCAUCUUGUUUUAUGCCUAAUUUUCUCGAUAUCGUUACAACACGAUGACGUACAAUAAGCUUGAUAAAAUUCGUUUGUUGAAGUUAUUCGAAAAAAAAAAGAAACAAAAACAUUGAAACUUAAGUCAGGCAUGCAAUAAGUUAAUCAACCAAUUGUGAUAUUGUUGUAAGAAUUGAAACAGAUAAAAAAAAGUUGUUAAAGAUACAAACACUGACGUAAAUAUUGAAAAGAAAAAGUUAUACUUAAGACCUUAGUAUAUGUUAGCUAGCUAGGAAGAAUAGCCUGAAGGCACUCAGAAGACAGAAAAUCUUAGACGUUGAUUACGUUAAGUUGGAACUUCAUCAACCGAUAACUUUUUUUCAAAAAAAAAACCACGAACGAUUUGUCAUGAUUGAUCCUUCCAAAGGAAACCUCGUCAGGGUUCAGCUUGAUGAUUUUUAUUUCGAAAACCAUUCCCAAGGGUCCAAUAAGCUACUUAAUAACAAUAUUUACAUGCGUUAGCAGAAUGAUGAUAAACAAAAACA